GUUCAUUUCGGCAGGUGAUUCUUUCCGGCUGUAAAAAUGAGAGUGAGCCUGGUUCUGCUGUGCGUGAUUCUUUUCUGGGGAGACUCUCUCAGCGAAGAGUGUGUGCGUCAGCUCCAGGAGGACGUGGACUUCCCAGGCAGUGACAUCCUGCAGAUCUUCUCCCCAGAUGUGCACCACUGUCAGCUGGCCUGCACUAAGCACCACUCCUGUCUCUUUUUCACGUUUGUUCGACCUGAAUGGACCAGGGACAAGCGACAGUUCUACUGCUACCUGAAGUACACAGACUCUGGGAAACCUACCAAGGUUAUCUCCCUAAGUAAAGUCACUUCUGGCUACUCGCUGAAAUCCUGCAAAGACAUAAGCAGCCAAACUUGUCUUCCAUCUGUCUAUAAGGAUGUGGACUUCCCAGGCAGUGACAUCGAGCAGAUCCUCUCUCCAGAUGUGGAGCACUGUCAGCUGGCCUGCACUCAGCACCACUCCUGUCUCUUUUUCACAUUUCUUCACCCCGAAUGGACCAGGGACAAGCGACAGUUCUACUGCUACCUGAAGCUCACAGACUCUGGGCGACCUACCAAGAUUACCUCCUUGAGUGAAGUGACAUCUGGCUUCUCGCUGAGAUCCUGCAACAACACAAGCAGUCAAACUUGUCUGUCGACUGUCUAUAAGGAUGUGGACUUCCCAGGCAGUGACAUCCAGCAGAUCCUCUCUCCAGAUGUGGAGCACUGUCAGCUGGCCUGCACUCAGCACCCCUCCUGUCUCUUUUUCACGUUUGUUCGACCUGAAUGGACCAGAGACAAGCGACAGUUCUACUGCUACCUGAAGCAGACAGACUCUGGGAAACCUACCAAGAUUACUUCCCUGAGUGAAGUCACUUCUGGCUACUCACUGAAAACCUGCCAAGACAGAAGCACCCAAACUUGUCUGUCGACUGUCUAUAAGGAUGUGGACUUCCCAGGCAGUGACAUCCAGCAGAUCCUGUCUGCAGAUGUUCAUCACUGUCAGUUGGCUUGCACUCAGCACCCCUCCUGUCUCUUUUUCACAUUUCUUCACCCUGAAUGGACCAGAGACAAGCGACAAUUCUACUGCUACCUGAAGCAGACAGACAAUGGGAGUCCAACCAAGAUUACCUCCCUAAGUGAAGUCACUUCUGGCUUCUCACUGAAAACCUGCAAAGACGGAAGCAGCCAAACUUGUCUGUCGACUGUCUAUAAGGAUGUGGACUUCCCAGGCAGUGACAUCCAGCAGAUCCUCUCUCCAGAUGUGGAGCACUGUCAGCUGGCCUGCACUCAGCACCCCUCCUGUCUCUUUUUCACAUUUGUUCGACCGGAAUGGACCAGAGACAAGCGACAGUUCUACUGCUACCUGAAGCACACAGCCUCUGGGAUACCUACCAAGAUUACCUCCUUGAGUGAAGUCACUUCCGGGUACUCACUGAAAUCCUGCAAAGACCAAAGCAGCCAAACUUGUCUGUCGAUUGUCUAUAAGGAUGUGGACUUCCCAGGCAGCGACAUCCAUCAGAUCCUCUCUCCAGAUGUGGAGCACUGUCAGCUGGCCUGCACUCAGCACCCCUCCUGUCUCUUUUUCACGUUUGUUCGCCCCGAAUGGACCAGGGACAAGCGACAGUUCUUCUGCUACCUGAAGCGCACAGACACUGGGAUGCCUACCAAGAUUACCUCCCUGAGUGAAGUCACUUCCGGGUACUCACUGAAAAACUGCAACAACACAAGCAUCCAAACAGACGGACAGCCUUUGCCCUUAAUGUCUCUGCUUCUCAGCUAGUACAUUCUGGUCUUACAGCAAGGUCAAGAAGGGGUAUUCAGAAGACAAAAUACUCAUAAAUGUUCGUGGCCAGCUUCAUGUCUUUUUGUUUUGGUAAAGCCCCCCCUUCUGGAAAAGUGUGUAUAAGAGUCUUACUGUGUCUGAUGCAAAUCAGAAAGCCGGUAAGCUUUCUCACUUUCUGUAAUUUCUUUGCAAAU